CUCAGCAUAAAUAUCGCAAUGAGGCAGGGUCUAGACUUCGUUGCCAAUAUCGAGAAGUGGUCCAGAGGGCGCCACAUGUCAUCUGGAGCUGUCGCCGUUAACUCUUUUGGAACGUCCGUUAGAGGCGCCACUGGUAUACUAAAGCCGACCUUUGGAUUUCCAGUCAAAACCGAUACCGAAACCAACACGACAUUUUGUCAUGAAAAGCCGAUUAUGGGUGUUAUUGGGGCGACAGAGGGCCGAGUCAGUAUCCCCCUAGCGGGUUUGAUGGGUUUGUACAGCAUUCCGAUGAUCAGCUAUCUGACCACCGCUCCAACCCUCAGCGACAUCAAUACCUAUCCAUCGUUCUACAGAACUAUACCCUCGGAUGAGAAGUUAAUAAUGGCGAUGGCUGACCUGGUCAAACAUUUUAAUUGGAACUACAUCUCAGUUAUAACAACAGACAACGAAUACGGCCGAGAAGGUCACCUUGCCUUGAAGUCCAGAUUGAUCCGCGAGGGCGUCUGCUUUGCACGUAGUGACCUCUACGACCCAACAUUCGGGCGCCAGCAUAUUGUCAACAUCAUCUCCGCACUGAAGAGGGAUGAGUCCGAGAACGCAAUGGUCAUCAUACUUUUCAUGAAUUGGCGGUAUGCCAAGUUGUUUUUGUACGAAGCGCAUAGGCAAGGCUUGGAAGGUAAAACGUGGCUACUAAGCCAAGCCUGGUCUGCAACGCAUGAGAUUUUACAACUGCCCGCAAACCUUGCCCGCGGCAUUAUCGGCAUGUCUCUUCCGUCGCAACUAUCACGAGCCCGCCAGUCCGACUUCCUCAAGUAUAUGUUGAAGCAACAUCUGCACCGAAGAGCGAGGUACAAUCCGUGGCUUCCUGAAUACGCCAGGACCAAGCUGAAGUGUAAUUUGUUAGGGUCAGGCACGAUCACGGGCUGCCGGGAAUCGGACUACGAUGCCAGCUUGAAGAACUGCUCGGUGAAUCUGACACUAAAGGAUUUGUUGAGGCACGAGACACUCUCCGUCACCGUCAACGCUGCUAACGCCAUCCUUACCCUCAUUGAGGCAAUGGACAUGGCCAUCGAUAUGGACCAGGAGACACUAGCGCUAAACAAAUGGUUCACCCACGAAACCCUCAACCGAUACGUAAGCCAGGUGGACUUCCGCGGCGCGGGAGACGUUACUGUAAAAUUUGACGCGAAUGGUGAUAUUGUUGGAGCGAAGUAUCAUAUUUUCAAUAUUCAGGAGUACGAUGGGGACCUGGAGGUUUUUAUCAUUGGAAAGUGGGAAAUGAAACAGGGACCAGGAGAGCUCACUGUACGGGAUGAUAAAAUUCAGUGGAACAAUGGCACCCGACCCGCAUCUCGCUGCAGUAACGUAUGUCUGCCUGGUUACAUCAUGAGACGUUCCCCAUCCGUGUGUUGCUGGGACUGUAAGCUGUGCCCGAAGGGGACAAUCUCCAGCACCAGACAAAGUACCACCUGCAACAAGUGUGACCAGUUUUUCCACACGAACAGCAAUCAGUCGGAAUGCCUCCCGAAUGCUGAGAUGUGGGUUCACCAGUCCGUGAUGCGAAUACCCAUCACAAUCAUGGGAUCGGUCGGCGUGCUAAGCUUCCUAGUAAUCACUGGUAUCCUUUGGGUAUUCCGAGAUUUAGUCCUAAUCCGCCGCACAGAAUUGAAGUACACUUUCCUACUUGUGGUAUUCUCAGCCCAGUUGUAUCCAUUUACGCAUUCAUUUCGCCCCACGACGACCGUAUGCACGGUUCAUCUAUGCCUACUCAUGAUACCCGCCGCGCUGCUGCCUGUUGUACUGAUCAGCCAAACGAAACCGACCCUUCGGACAUCAGGCCGUAUCCUACGCCGCUUACUCCAUAAGAACCUCGCCAAACGCUUCGUACAAAUGUAUACUUUCUGUAUAAUCGGCAUUGUCUCCCUGAGCUUUUGUAUGUUGUUUUUUUGGAAAGGCUUGCCCUCGGUCGACAGAACUGUUGAGCAAGAUGGCGGCGAUAUAACGUUUCUGAGCUGCGAGGAUCCGUUGAGUUCGUUAGGCUUGAUGCCGCUUGUAUCCCAGGUUACCCUAACCAUCUUGGCCGCAUAUUUCUUUGAGCGGGAGAACGGAGAAACGCAUGAAACACGCGAUUCUACUUACAACGGGGUCGCCUGUUACAUCCUCCUGCUUUCCGCCGCUGUUCUGCUGCCUGUCUAUCUUACCGUCACAUAUAAACAAGCAAAGAUCAUAUUACUUACUCUUGGGAACUCUAUUGGUUAUUUGACAAUCACGUGCCUGAAGUUCCUUCCCCAACUGUAUGAUAUUUUCAUCAAGAAAGAUCGGAGGGUAUUGGAAACUGUGAUAACCUUAGACACUGUGACGUCGCAGUUGGAAGACCCGGAUGUUGCCCAGAAGGACAGUAUUCUAUGACUACGUUGCCAAACCAGCGAGAACGAGGUUACCAGUUUGAACAUUAUACAGUGUGGCAAAGUUAGACUUUAAAACACGAUAUACAAAUAAAUUUCUACAACAGCAUUUAAACUUAAUGUUGCGUAAUUGAUUGCCUUAUCAAAGAUAUCAUUCAAAAAUACACCUUUAUUAAAACGCA